GGCUGAAAGACACACAGAAGUCUUCAUGGAUAUAGUUGAUACAUUUAAUCAUUUAAUUCCUACUGAACACUUAGAUGAUGCCCUAUUUCUAGGAUCCAACCUGGAGAAUGAAGUCUGUGAGGAUUUUAGUGCAAGUCAAAAUGUCUUAGAGGACUCGCUGAAGAACAUGCUCAGCGAUAAGGAUCCUAUGCUAGGAUCUGCAAGUAACCAGUUCUGUUUGCCUGUUUUGGAUAGCAAUGAUCCCAAUUUCCAGAUGCCUUGUUCAACAGGAUAGACCACUAUCUUGUUGAGCUCUUUUAAAUGAAGUUCUACUUGGAUACAAAGAUGAGGACUAGAUAACUUCUUGAGGUUCCUUCUAAGCCCUAGGAUGAAGAUAAUAACUAACAUUUGUAUAGUGCUCUAAAGUUUACAGAGUGAGUUCUCAUACAUCAUCUCACUUGAUCCUCACAACAUCCCUGUGAGUUGUUGGUCUUGACGAUAUUAUGGAUGAAGGAGUUGUUAAAGAAAGUGGCAAUGAUACCAUUGAUGAAGAAGAACUGAUUUUACCUAACAGGAAUUUGAGGGAUAAAGUAGAAGAAAACUCAGUGAGAUCACCAAGAAAAUCACCUCGAUUAAUGGCACAAGAACAAGUAAGAAGUUUGCGACAAAGCACUAUUGCCAAGCGUUCAAAUGCAGCACCUUUAAGUAACACAAAAAAAGCAUCUGGGAAGACUGUAUCUACCCCUAAAGUGGGGGUGAAGCAACCAGAAAGGAGUCAGAUUAAAGAAGAAGUUUGUACAUCACCAAAACUCGAGUGUCAUAAGGAGACUAGAAGGAGCAGCCGGCAUACUGGACAAAUUGAAGUUGUACCAGCAGUGUCAGUGUCUUCAAGUCGUUCUUCAGUGUCAUCUUGUCUUGAAGUGAAAGAUGAAGCUGGAUUAGAUUCUAAGCAUAAGUGUAAUAAUCAAGGAGAAGCAAAUGUGCCAUCUCACGAAUUAAGUUGUACACUUUUUUCUGAAACUUGUGUUGCUGCUGAAGAAAAGAAAAAUGACGUUCUGAUGGAAUGUAAAAUUAAACCUAUUAGUAGCCCAUUGUUUAAGUUCUCAGAUAAAGGAGAACAGGAGCAGAAUGAUUCCAUUUCAGGUAAAAUGGAUGAGACACUUGUUGAAGAGGUGACUGUAAAGGGAAAAGUUGAACAAGCAUCAAAGGAGACAGCAAAAUUAUCUCAUCAAGAAAGCCAAAUUAUUGAGGAAUCUGCGUCUUCUGCUGGUAUUUCUGGUGAUGCUGCUUGUACAAAUCCAAAUAAGACAGAAAAGAAUCUUCUAGGUUUGUCUAGUUCAGUGGAUGAAGUGACUGAGUGUAAUUUGGAGUUGAAGAAUACCGUGGAUGUUGCUGAUAAAACAGAGAACUCCAUUCAGAGAAAUAAAGUUAAACCAUUGGGUUAUUGUGAAGAGACAGAGUCUGAGAAGCAGUUGCAGAGCACUGAGUUUAAUAAAUCAAACUUAGAAGUGAUUGAUACUAGUGCUUUUGAAUCAGAAAGUAAUAUUUUAGAAAAUGCUAUUUGUGAUGUGCCUGACCAGAAUUCAAAACAGUUGGGUAUUAUUGAAAGUACUAAAAUGGAGUCCCACGAGACAUCAUAUCUUCAAGAUGACAGAAACAGCCAGUCAAGUAGCACUUCUUUCUUAGAAUCUAAAAGCAUAAAAUCUAAACACACAAAACCUCUAAUUCAUUCUAAGCAAAACAUGACCACAGAUACUCCAAAAAAAAUUGUGGCAGCAAAGCACGAAGUGAUGCAUAGCAAAACGAAAGUUAAUGUCAAAAGUCUGAAACGAAAUACUGAUGAGCCAGAAUCUCAGCAAAAUUUUCAUAGGCCAAUCAAAGUCAGGAAAAAACAAGUUGAUAAGGAAUCAAAGAUUCAGAGUUGCAAUUCUGGGCUUAAGUCUGGGAAAAACCAAACUCAUUCUGUACUGAAAAAAACACUACAGGAGCAGCCUGUGCAGAGUUCCAAGCCCUUAGCUCAUUCCUUUAGUGAGAAGCCUUAUGGCCAUCCUGGAUGCUCUAAAGAGCCCCCUCAUCCUGCACAAACUGGACACACAAUGCAUUUCAGCCAGAAGCCAUGUCCAAGACCUCAGCCACAGGUCCCUGCAGUGAAGGGCAGUGGUCAUGGGAGGGAAGAGGUCGAGCACUCUGGCAGUGAGCAGCUCAGGGAGGAGGAGAAACUGAGACUAAAAAAGCCUGAGAAGAACUUGCAACCCCGCCAGAGAAGAAGCAGCAAAAGUCUUUCCUUUGAUGAACCACCACUGUUCAUUCCAGACAACAUAGCUACUGUAAAAAGAGAAGGCUGUGAUCAUAGCUCCUCAUUUGAAAGCAAAUAUGUGUGGACUCCCAGCAAGCAGUGUGGGUUUUGCAAAAAACCACAUGGCAACAGGUUUAUGGUUGGCUGUGGGAGAUGUGAUGACUGGUUUCAUGGUGAUUGUGUCGGAUUAAGUCUUUCCCAAGCACAGCAAAUGGGAGAGGAAGACAAAGAAUAUGUCUGUGUAAAAUGUUGUGCUGAAGAAGAUAAAAAGAGUGAAAUAUUUGAUCCAGAUAUUUUAGAAAACCAAGCUACAGUUGAAGUUCAUAGUGAAGAUAAAGCAAUGGAGUGUGAAAAGCUUGGAUUAUCAAAACACACAACAAAUGAUAAAACCAAAUAUAUAGAUGAUACAGUAAAGCACAAGGUCAAGAUUUUAAAACGGGAGUCUGGUGAAGGCAGAAAUUCAUCGGACUGUAGAGAUAAUGAAAUUAAAAAAUGGCAGCUAGCUCCUCUUCGUAAGAUGGGACAACCAGUUUUGCCUCGAAGAUCCUCAGAAGAAAAAAGUGAAAAAGCAACAAAAGAGUCUGUAACUGUCUGCACGGGAGAAAAAGCUUCAAAACAAGGUUCUCAUGAGAAGCAAGAGACGAAAAGGAAGAAGGUUGAGAAAGGAGUGCCCAGUGUGCACCCACCCACAGCUUCUGCCUCCAAGCCAUCGGCGGAUCAGAUCAGACAGAGUGUCAGGCACUCUCUCAAAGACAUUCUUAUGAAAAGACUUACAGACUCAAACCUGAAGGUACCAGAGGAAAAGGCAGCAAAAGUUGCCACAAAAAUUGAAAAAGAGCUUUUCUCUUUUUUUCGGGACACAGAUGCUAAAUAUAAGAACAAAUAUAGAAGUUUGAUGUUUAAUCUGAAAGAUCCUAAAAACAACAUAUUAUUUAAGAAAGUCUUGAAAGGAGAAGUAACCCCUGAUCAUCUUAUAAGAAUGAGUCCAGAAGAACUAGCUUCUAAAGAGUUAGCUGCUUGGAGACGAAGAGAAAACAGACAUACCAUAGAAAUGAUUGAGAAGGAGCAGAGAGAAGUGGAAAGGCGACCGAUCACAAAAAUAACUCACAAAGGUGAAAUAGAAAUUGAGAGCGAUGCCCCAAUGAAGGAACAGGAAGCGGCCAUGGAGAUUCAGGAUCCAACUGCCAAUAAGUCAUUGGAGAAGCCAGAAGGAUCUGAAAAACAAAAAGAAGAGGUUGACUCCAUGUCUAAAGAUACCACUAGUCAACACAGACAACAUCUUUUUGAUCUUAACUGCAAAAUUUGCAUAGGUCGAAUGGCACCACCAGUAGAUGAUCUUUCUCCAAAAAAAGUGAAAGUUGUUGUUGGAGUAGCCCGUAAACAUUCGGACAACGAAGCGGAAAGUAUAGCGGAUGCUUUGUCUUCCACCUCAAGUAUUUUGACUUCUGAGUUCUUUGAAGAGGAGAAACAAGAGUCUCCAAAUUCCACAUUUUCUCCGACCCCCCGUCCCGAGAUGCCUGGAGCCGUUGAGGUGGAACCCACCUUCCUGGCGCGCUUGAACUUCAUCUGGAAAGGUUUCAUCAACAUGCCUUCUGUUGCAAAAUUUGUCACCAAAGCCUACCCAGUGUCUGGCUCCCCUGAGUACUUGACAGAGGAUCUACCAGAUAGUAUUCAAGUAGGUGGCAGGAUAUCACCUCAGACAGUUUGGGAUUAUGUGGAAAAAAUAAAAGCAUCUGGAACCAAGGAAAUUUGUGUGGUUCGCUUCACUCCAGUGACUGAGGAAGAUCAGAUUUCGUAUACUUUGCUGUUUGCCUACUUCAGUAGCAGAAAGCGCUAUGGAGUAGCAGCUAACAACAUGAAGCAGGUGAAAGACAUGUACCUCAUUCCUCUGGGUGCCACAGAUAAGAUUCCACACCCUCUGGUGCCUUUUGACGGACCUGGACUUGAACUGCAUAGACCUAAUCUGCUGUUGGGUUUAAUUAUUCGUCAGAAGCUGAAGCGGCUGCAUAGUGCUAGUGCUGGAACCAGCCAUGUAGCUGAGGCUCCUGAUGGCGUGCCCAUACCACCGCCACCUGAUAAAAAAAGCAAAAUAGAUGCUUCUGCUGAGGAAACCCCAGAGGAAGAAAAUGACUUCUUUAACUCUUUUACAACCGUAUUACACAAGCAGAGAAACAAGCCUCAGCCAACCCUUCAGGAAGACCUUCCAACAGCAAUUGAACCUUUGAUGGAAGUCACCAAGCAGGAGCCGCCAAAGCCUUUACGAUUUCUUCCUGGCGUGUUGAUUGGCUGGGAAAACCAACCUUCUACUAUGGAAUUAGCAAAUAAGCCUCUUCCUGUGGAUGACAUACUUCAGAGCCUUCUGGGUACCACUGGGCAAGUGUAUGACCAGGCUCAGUCAGUGACUGAACAAAACACCCUUAAAGAAAUUCCAUUUUUAAAUGAGCAAACCAGCUCAAAAGCAGAGAAAGUAGAAAUUGCUGACAGUGAAGUCAAGGAGGUAAGAGUUAAAGUAGAUCAUCUCUUGGAAUCUACAGGCAGUUCAGGAGUAAUAGGAGAAGAUGUGUCAGUGGCCGGGUCCUCUUCCAUCUCCCCAGGGCCUUUGACAAGUCUUAGUCUCAGAGGUAAACCACCAGAUGUUUCUACAGAAGCAUUCUUGACAAACUUAUCAAUUCAGUCAAAACAAGAGGAAGCUGUGGAGAGUAAAGAGAAAGCAUUGAAAAGACAGUUGCUGCAAGAUGCAGAGAGCAGCUUGCAAGAUAGUCAGACUUCAAGUACUAGUUCUCCCUGCAAAUCUAAUGUAGGAAAAGGAAGCACAGAUGGUAGUGUGGGCUGCAGUGAAAACCCUGCUGCCAAUACGACGAGGUCUCCACAGUUCAUCAACCUCAAGAGGGACCCCAGGCAGGCAGCAGGACGCAGUCAGCAGGCUUCCACCGCAGAAAGCAGAGAUGGAGACGGCUGCCGGAAUGGAGAGAAACCCACGCCGCCUGGCACCACAUACAGCAAGGAGCACUUGACAGAGCAAGCCGGUGCAGAGGAGAAGUUGCCUUCUGGAGAGAAAAACUCGUGCGUCCAGCAGAAUGAGAAUUCCAAAGCUGCACAGAACUCACCAUCUGGAGAAAACAUGCAUGCGUCUCAGACAGAACAAGCAAAGCCCUUACAGGAUGAUGUUUUAAUGCAAAAUAUUGAAACUGUGCACCCAUUCCGAAGAGGACCUGCAGCAACAACACCUCAUUUUGAAGCUGGAAACACAUGCCAGUCAGAGUUUCCUUCUAAAAGCAUCAACUUCACUUCCAGAAGCACCAGCCCCAGAGCAAGUGCGAACUUCUCGCCUAUGCGGCCACAGCAGCCCAGCCUUCAGCACCUCAAGUCGAGCUCUCCUGGAUUCCCGUUUCCAGGGCCUCCUAACUUCCCCCCACAAAGCAUGUUUGGAUUUCCACCACAUUUGCCACCUCCAUUACUCCCCCCUCCAGGCUUUGGCUUUGCUCAAAACCCCAUGGUUCCUUGGCCACCUGUGGUUCAUCUCCCAGGCCAGCCGCAGCGCAUGAUGGGUCCUCUGUCACAAGUGUCCCGGUACAUAGGCCCACAGAAUUUUUACCAGGUUAAAGACGUUCGGAGACCAGAAAGGCGCCAUAGUGACCCUUGGGGGAGGCAAGACCAGCAGCAACUGGAUAGGCCGUUUAACAGGGGCAAAGGGGACCGCCAGAGGUUUUAUAGUGAUUCACACCACCUGAAAAGAGAACGGCACGAAAAGGAAUGGGAACAAGAAUCGGAAAGGCAUAGACGCAGAGACAGAAGCCAAGACAAGGACAGAGACAGAAAAAGCAGGGAGGAGGGGCACAAAGAUAAAGACAGGGCACGGUUGUCACAUGGUGAUCGAGGAACAGAUGGAAAAGCAAGCAGAGAUGGCAGGAAUGUAGACAAGAAGCCAGACAAACCUAAGAGCGAAGACUAUGAAAAGGACAAAGAACGGGAGAAGAGCAAACACAGAGAAGGAGAGAAGGACAGGGACAGGUACCACAAGGAUAGGGACCACACUGACAGAACCAAAAGCAAGAGGUAAAUCUGCAGGCUGCCUCACGAUGACACUGACAUAGCUUUAGUAUCCUAAAGACUUUCUAAGAUUGCCUGCUAGGAUCGUGCCAUCUUCUACAUUUUUACUCUUGGUCAUUUGCAGAACAGUAAGCCCCGUGUGUUGGUGCAGAGUGCUCUGCCCCAGUGCUCAUCGCCCCUUCAUACCAACUGUCCCUAGUAAUAGGAAUUUCAUAUUUUUAAAAGUUUUACAUUGCUGUAUAUUCAAAUACUUGUUUUAUUAAUAUGCAAUAAAGGCUUAGAAAUUUUAGUUUUAUUCUUUAAUUGGCAAAUAUGAUUAACUAUGGAAUAUAUUUACUGCCUCUAGUGAAUGUCCUUUAUAUAAUGACUAAUUUGAGAGUAAUGUGUGCUCUGUAAGUUUAUUUUAAAUUGCACUGUUUUUAAAGAAAUUGUAGAGGAGCAACAAAAAUCCAAACAACGUCAUAAUCAGAUUGUGCUAAUCAUUUCUUGAACAGUUUUUGACCAAGAAUCAGAGUCCCAAGGGGUACAUUUACUGCUUUAAUCUGCACUCAUUGAAGUCAUUUAUUACCAUAUACGACAGCUUUGUGGUAGACCAUUAUUUUCAUUUCAUUUUUGGCUCUUCAGAAACUUGAAUACUUAAGCUUGUACAUGAUCUUGUGUUUUGCUAUCCUUUUUACUGUAAAAUGUAAAUAUUUUAAGGGAUAUUUUGAUUCUAAAUAUGAUAAAAGAAUUUCUCACCUA